GAUGACCACAAACUCAGCAUUAAGGAAUUGGAAAAGAAAUAUGGUACAGACAUCAUUACGGGUCUCUCCAGCACCAGAGCCGCUGAGCUGCUGGCUCGGGAUGGACCCAACGCCCUCACCCCCCCCAAGCAGACGCCAGAGAUGAUCAAGUUCCUCAAGCAGAUGGUGGGGGGGUUCUCUAUCCUUCUGUGGGUAGGAGCCGUCCUGUGCUGGAUCGCAUUUGGGAUUCAGUACACCAGCAAUAGAUCCUCUUCCCUGGACAGUUUGUACUUGGGCUGCGUACUUGUCCUGGUUGUUAUUCUCACGGGGAUCUUUGCUUACUACCAAGAGGCGAAAAGCACCAACAUCAUGUCCAGCUUCAGUAAGAUGAUCCCGCAGCAAGCUCUUGUCAUCCGAGACUCAGAGAAGAAGAUAGUUCCCGCAGAGCAGCUGGUGGUGGGGGACAUCGUGGAAAUUAAAGGAGGAGACCAGGUGCCUGCGGACAUCAGGCUGCUGUCUUCACAGGGGUGCAGGGUGGAUAACUCAUCUCUCACUGGGGAAUCUGAGCCCCAGCCCCGCUCCCCUGAGUUUACCCAUGAAAACCCCCUGGAAACAAAGAACAUCGGCUUCUAUUCUACAACCUGUCUGGAAGGCACGGCCACUGGCAUGGUCAUCAACACGGGGGACCGCACCGUCAUUGGUCACAUUGCCUCCUUGGCUUCAGGAGUUGGAAAUGAGAAGACACCGAUCGCCAUUGAGAUCGAGCACUUUGUUCACAUCGUGGCCGGAGUGGCUGUCUCCAUCGGCAUCAUUUUCUUCAUCAUCGCAGUGUCCAUGAAGUAUGACAUCCUGGACUCCAUCAUCUUCCUCAUUGGCAUCAUUGUGGCCAAUGUGCCUGAGGGCCUCCUGGCCACUGUCACUGUGACCCUAUCGCUGACAGCAAAACGGAUGGCCAAGAAGAACUGCCUGGUAAAGAACCUGGAGGCGGUGGAGACUCUGGGUUCCACCUCCAUCAUCUGCUCAGACAAGACGGGGACUCUGACCCAGAACAGGAUGACCGUGGCCCAUCUGUGGUUCGACAAUCAGAUCUUCGUGGCCGACACUAGUGAAGACCAUUCAAACCAAGCCUUUGACCAAAGCUCUGGAACCUGGGCCUCCUUAUCCACGAUAAUAGCAUUGUGCAACCGAGCUGAGUUCAAGCCAGGACAGGAGAGUGUCCCCAUCAUGAAGAAAGUCGUGGUUGGAGAUGCCUCAGAAUCUGCUCUUUUGAAAUUCUCCGAGGUGGUUUUGGGUGAUGUGAUGGAAAUUAGAAAAAGAAACCGCAAAGUAGCUGAAAUCCCUUUUAACUCUACCAACAAAUUUCAGCUCUCCAUACACGAGACAGGCAACCCCGAUGACAAGCACUUCCUCGUGGUGAUGAAGGGAGCCCCGGAGAAGAUCCUGGAGAGGUGCAGCACCAUCAUGGUCGAUGGCCAGGAGAAGCCUCUGGUCAAGAGCGCGACCGAGGCCUUCCACACGGCCUACAUGGAGCUGGGCGGGCUGGGCGAGCGCGUGCUGGGUUUCUGCCAUCUCUACCUGCCAGCAGAUAAGUUCCCAGAAAACUACUCCUUCGAUGUAGACACCAUGAACUUUCCCACCUCCAACUUCUGCUUUGUGGGGCUCUUGUCAAUGAUCGACCCGCCUCGGUCCACCGUGCCAGACGCAGUCACCAAAUGCCGGAGUGCAGGGAUCAAGGUUAUUAUGGUUACAGGUGAUCAUCCCAUCACAGCCAAAGCUAUCGCCAAGAGUGUAGGGAUCAUCUCAGCCGGCAGUGAGACCGUGGAAGACAUUGCAAGCCGCCUCAACGUGGCCGUGGAGCGAGUGAACAAGCGGGAUGCUAGAGCCACUGUCGUGACUGGCAUGGAGCUGAAGGACAUGAGCCCGGAACAGCUGGACGAGGUCUUAACCAACUACUCGGAAAUCGUCUUCGCGCGGACGUCCCCCCAGCAGAAGCUGAUCAUCGUGGAGGGCUGUCAGAGGCAGGACGCAGUUGUCGCUGUGACAGGGGAUGGGGUUAAUGACUCCCCAGCUCUGAAGAAGGCAGACAUUGGGAUUGCCAUGGGGAUAGCAGGUUCCGACGCAGCCAAGAACGCAGCUGACAUGGUCUUGCUGGAUGACAACUUUGCGUCCAUAGUCACGGGGGUGGAGGAAGGUCGCCUGAUCUUUGACAACCUGAAGAAGACUAUCGCUUAUACCUUGACCAAGAACAUUGCUGAGCUUUGCCCCUUUCUGAUCUAUAUCAUCGCGGGGCUGCCCCUGCCCAUCGGCACCAUUACCAUCCUGUUCAUCGACUUGGGCACAGACAUAAUCCCCUCCAUUGCCUUGGCGUAUGAGAAAGCUGAAAGUGACAUCAUGAACAGGAAGCCUCGCCACAAGAAGAAGGACAGGCUGGUGAACGCACCACUUGCCGUCUACUCUUACCUGCACAUUGGCCUCAUGCAAGCCCUGGGAGCGUUCGUUGUGUAUUUCGUCGUGUAUGCGCAGGAGGGCUUUCGACCCGGCGCUCUCAUUGGCCUGCGGGAAGAAUGGGAAAAGGACCACGUGAACGACUUGGAAGACAGCUACGGGCAGGAGUGGACAAACUACCAGAGGAAAUACCUACAAUGGACAGGCUACACGGCCUUCUUUGUUGGCAUCAUGGUCCAACAAAUAGCAGAUCUGAUCAUCAGGAAAACCCGGAGGAAUUCCAUCUUCCAGCAGGGUCUCUUCAGAAACAAAGUCAUCUGGGUGGGGAUUGCAUCACAGAUCGUCAUUGCACUGAUCCUCUCCUGUGGCCUCGGAAGUGUCAGGGCCCUGAGUUUCACCACGCUCAAGCCUCAGUACUGGUUUGUGGCAGUGCCAUUCGCCAUCCUGAUCUGGGUGUAUGACGAGGUGCGGAAGCUCUUGAUCAGGCUCUACCCUGGAAGCUGGUGGGAUAAGAACAUGUAUUAUUAAGACCACCUCGCGUCUCACGUCUCCCAAAGGCACGGGGGCGCAUUCUCACUCAUCCUUCAGCCACUUGCUGGGAGGUCUCUGUGCAGUGUGAUGUCAUCAAAAUCCAUCAAGAGGGAACUUGCAUAUAGAAAACUGCAUGAGAGAUAUUCCCCGAUGUUUUGUACUUUAAACUGAAAUUUGACUAUGUACAUAUGAUUUUCAUCUCUAUCUCCAUCUCCUUAUUUUAAAAUACAUGAAUUUCAAGGUAAUGGUAUGGGG